AGUGCAGGUACUUGUUAAAGGAGGGGCUGCCGAGGGGAGUGGGGCCCACGGUGGUGGGAUGGGAAUUGCACCAUCAUCACCCGCGGUCUGAGAGAGAGAGAGAGAGAGAGAGGAGUCCCCCUGUGGGGGCAGAGGAGACCUGGUUGCGCUGUGUGUGGAGAGCAGUCAGGACGUGGCGUCACACUGCAGAGGGGGUUCGCCAUCCUGAGGUCCCGGUGACGCACAGACAGAUGCCUCGUCUUGUUUUAUAAAGUACAAUUAUUAGGUGCCAGGAGUUUACUGCAGACUCCGGGAUACAAAGGGACAAGAGCAUUGCCAAAGCUGCUUCUGGUGCAAUCUGACCUGCGACUGGACUGAAAACAAGGGGCAACUUUGCUUAACUUUUUGAGAGAGAUUGGUGACACAAUGUUGGCUGUGAUGGUGGCCAUGCUUCCCCUAUUGUGCCUGUCUCAGUGUCGGGAACAAAACGGUGCUUUUUACUUCAAUGGGAAUGGCAAUGGAGAGUAUUUUAAUGGGGUGAAACUGCACAUUGAGGCCCCGAGGGACAGAAUCUUCGCUUAUCGCGGCGAGAACGUGACGCUGACCUGCCGCUUCCACUACCAGCCCGAGCUCAACGCCACCCGCAAGGUGCGAGUGAAAUGGACCAAACUGAACCUGGAUUUCACCAAGGAGAGCGACGUGAUGGUGGCCAUCGGCCUGCGGCACCGCAGCUUCGGGGAGUUUAAGGGCCGUGUGUACCUGAGGCAGCGGCAGCCGCGGGAGGUCUCGCUGGUCAUCGCCGACGUCAGGCUGGAGGAUUACGGGAAAUACAAGUGUGAGGUCAUCGACGGCCUGGAGGACGAGAGCAGCAUCGUGGAGCUGGAAUUACGAGGUGUGGUGUUCCCCUACCAGCCCAGGCACGGCCGUUACCAGUUGAACUUCCAUGAGGCGAAGCGGGCAUGUGAGCAGCAGGACGCGAUGGCAGCCUCCUUCGAGCAGCUGUUCCAGGCCUGGGAGGAGGGUCUGGACUGGUGUAACGCGGGCUGGCUGGCUGACGGCUCGGUGCAGUACCCCAUCACCGCGCCGAGGGAACCCUGUGGUGGCAAAGACAUCUCGCCCGGCGUACGGAGCUACGGGCAAAGGCACAAGGACCUGCACCGAUUCGAUGUGUUCUGCUUCGCUUCCACUCUGAAAGGGACGCUGUACUUGCUGCAGAGGCCGGGGGGCAUGAGCUUCUCCGCCGCGGUGACGAUGUGCGAGGAGGAUGGCGGGCAGAUCGCCAAGGUGGGACAGCUGUUCGCUGCCUGGAAGUUCCUGAGCUUCGACCGUUGCCAGGCGGGCUGGCUGGCGGACGGCAGUGUCCGUUACCCCAUCGCCUUCCCCCGACCCAACUGUGGCCCCUCGGAGCCCGGGGUCCGCACCUUCGGCUUCCCGGGGAAAGAGCACGGCCGCUUUGGCGUUUUCUGCCACAAAACCAGCUAAAGCCGAGCGGCGGGAGCCAAGCCCAGGAGCCCGACCCUCCGCGGGUCAAACGUAGAAACAAAUUAUUAUUGUUAAGAGUUUAAAGUCCUGUCUGCCCCGUCCUGGUGUAGUGGAGAGCAGAGUCCCUGCCCCUGGCCCUCACCCCCUCCUUAACCCCAACCCCCUCCCUGCCCUC